UCUGAUUGGUCGACUUCCCGGAGCCGAGCAAAACGUCAACAAUGGAAGUGACGAGCAACUGGCCUAGCGAAAGCGGUUGCACUUUACAAGAUAUAAUUCGAGAAAGUGAGAAGCUACCGUCGGGAGAACUGGAAGACUUACUGGACGAGGAGAGGUGCAUCAGUUUAGCUCGAGGAGAAGGCGAUGUGGAGGAUGGCGGGUGUGUUAUUCGACUUGUCGCGAGAUCUCCCUCGUUCAGACACACCAAUGGGUUUUCGUCUCGGAAUAAAAGACUUUUGGUUGGAUUCGUUGUUUUAUCGGAAGCCAGAGUGAUCGAGGUGUGUACUGGGAUGCACGAGGAGUACUUCAAGACGGUGCACGGUUCGCUCUUGGGGGAUUUCGGGGACUCGAAGCUAUUCAAAUGUGAACUCCAGUUUGAGAAAUGUCAGGAAACUGUGGUGCUCAAGUUAAAAGGGACGUGUCAUGGCGAGUCGGUGUGGAUAUAUGGCUUUCAUAUCAUGACUGUUGCUGAUCCAGAGUGUGCGAACGCAAUUUCCAAGAGUCGUUUUGGAAGUGAACACCUGUCGACUGUGCUGAGGGAAAAGGAUGUCCAGAUGUCAAAGGAAGCCAUGAAAUUCCGUCAGAUGCUUGAGAGUUACAACAAUGGCAUGAAGGAAAAGGGCGAUGCAUUGCAGGGAGCAGACCCGAUGAGUCUUAUGUCAAUGAUGUUUGGUGGUAUGAUUCCAUCGGCUAGACCAGAUAUGUUCCCCACUUCAUUAGGGGAAGGAAUCGCAAGAAAGAAAAAGGGGAGAGUAGAAGAUGAAAUAGAAUCUGUGAUAAGCAAAGUUGAAUCAGAGACAAAGAGAGUUAAAGGGACUAUAGAUGGUAGUAAAGAAAGCAAUCUUUAUAAAGUAGAGAAUGCAUUGAAACACCUUGCUUUAUAUCCUGAAAAUAAAGUGUUAAGAGAGAAGAAUACAAGGGUGGCUGAUGGUGGUGGUGACCCACCAUUGCAAAUGAACAAGCUUGUUGAAAAAUUACAAAACUAUAUGGAUGAUGGCAGUACAGCUCCAAAAUCCAUGAUGGAGUUGACCAAUAUGUUACAAAAAUCAGUAGGUGUGGAUCCUGGUCCAAACAGCUUUAAUGUGUCGGAAAGAAAUGCCAUAGGGUUAAAGUCAAAGAAUUCACUUGUGGACAACUGCCAGGAAUCUAGUAGAACAGGAUCAACAGAAGGACUUUGUAAAUGUUCAAAAUCAAGUCAAGAUAUCACUAGUGGGAAUGUGAUGCACUUGCAGGAAAAUGCAGGAGCAGCUUCAAUACAGCAGGAUUCCAACAAAGAUGUAGUUAGUGCUGAUUUUGAAGAUCGACUAGCAAAGCAAGUUGAGCUAUUAAUAGAGGAGAAAUUAGCAGCAAUGGAAGAUAGACUGAUGAAGAAGUUUGAACAGAAACUUGUUGAAAAAAUUGAUGAAGAAAAUGUUAAGCUCAGCAAAAUAGAAAAUCUAUUGGAAAGAAUAUAUGAGAGAUUAUAAUGGUAGUAACAGAGUUAGUUAUAAAGAUUUUAUUGACUAGAUUAUUAUAUAUUUAUUAAAGAUAUGUAUUUAUACUAUGCAGAGAAGUUUUUACUUGUAUAUAUAUAUAUAGGUAUGCAGCAAAUAAAUAUGUUUUGUAA